UCUGUGCGCACACACGCAAAUUGACACACUCGCGACCACCCCAUCGCGUGCUAUCUCCCCAACACAUUACACUCCCUGGAGGGAGCAUAGUUAGGCACUCGGCUGACCACUACGAGCAGGAAGCAGAAGGGGGCUGACCAGAGGGCAGCAGUAGAGCAGUACCUGAGACGGCGUCCGCUCAUAUAUCAUCAUGAGGGCAACUACGGCCACAGCUGCGCUGCUGGGAUGCGCUGCCAUCGCACCGACAGCAGCCUUCACAGGUGGGGUUGGCCUGGCUAGAACAGCUGGCGGGAGGGAUAGGCGAGCAGCGUCGUCUACGGCAGGAGUGCGGAUGAUGGCGAUUGACCCCGCCACCGUUCACUCGAUUGGGGAACACGUGAACGCGGUCGGGUCGGCGGGACUUGACCACACGUGGUUGUCGCACGUCAUGCACGGCCUGUCGGAUGCGGCUGCGGUUCCCCUGGAAGCGGUGGAGGAAGAGGCCAAGGGCCCCAACCCUUUCAACAUGUGGAUCGAGUUCAUCCGAAGCAGCGUGCUGGGAAUCAACGAGUUCUACAAGGGUAUCGGCAUCGAGCAGUCGUUCGGCCUCGCGAUCGUGACGUUCACCCUCGGAGUCAAGACCCUCCUCGUGCCCCUCCAGGCGAUCCAGCUACAGUCGAGCGAGAAGAUGAAGGUGCUCCAACCGACGGUAAAGGAGAUCAAUGCCAAGUUCGGCCAGAACAAGGAGGCCGCCACCGCUGCCACUAACAGGCUGUACGCGGAGACCAAGGUCAACCCGCUAAUCGGAUGCCUCCCCGCCCUGCUUCAGUUCCCGGUGUUCAUCGGGCUGUACCGUGCCAUCAUCGGCUUCGGCACCGAUGCUGUCGCCAGCGAAGGGUUCCUGUGGCUGCCCAGCCUACAGGGCCCGACGUUCGAGAAUGGACGCGGCAUCGGUUGGCUCACCACCUUCGUGGACGGUCACCCUAUCCUGGGGUGGCACGACACCCUUUGCUACAUGAGCAUCCCCGCCAUCCUCGUUUUGUCCCAGAAGCUUUCCAUGACGCUGCUCACUCCGCCGGACGACGGCCCCGAUGAUGCCACGGGCUCCUCGCUCAAGGGGGGGGGGGAUCGGGGACACUGGGGUCCCGAUGAUGCCGCGGGCUCCUCGCUCAAGUUCGGAGCAUUGUUCGUGGUGACCCGAGUCACCGCGCCGUGGUACGGCUAUGAAUCCACUCAUUGA